AACAUUAUUUUUUAAAGAAAACAUUUUCCAAAAAAAUUUGUCCAUAAUGAGCCUUAUUCCUGACGGUCCGGCCCCAGGGUGGUCACAAUGAACUGAUCUUGCCGGAACUUCCAUCUCCGCCCCCAAUUUAAAGCAUCCCAUUCUGUCAUGUUUCCUUUCUGCAAUGCCCACUUUACCCUUACCUGCCAAAGCAAAGCUCAAUAAUAAUUCAUGCUUACUGCAAAAAAUUCUCAAUCUCUCUUCUCAAGGCUAUCUUAAACAAGCCUUCAAUUACCUUAGCAUCCUAACCCGUAAAGGCAUUCGUUUGGACACUAAAACUCUAGCUUCACUUAUUCAACAAUGUGCUAAUUUUAGGUCAUUUAAAGAAGGAAAAUGGAUCCAUUUGUAUCUCAAAACCACUGGGUGGAAACACCCUAAUACUUUAUUAGCCAAUCAUUUGAUUAAUAUGUAUGGUAAAUGUGGUGAUCAUAUUGAAGCACGUAAGGUGUUUGAUAAAAUGACUAACAGAAAUUUGUAUUCUUGGAAUAAUAUGCUUUCUGGGUAUACUAAGUUAGGCAUGAUUAAGGCUGCUAAAAGGUUGUUUGAGAAAAUGCCUGAGAAAGACGUUGUUUCUUGGAAUACUAUGGUGAUUGGUAACGCGCAGGUUGGCUACGUUAACGAGGCGAUAAAGUUGUAUAGAGAAUUUAGGAGGUUAAGUAUUGGGCUUAAUGAGUAUAGUUUUGCUGGGGUUAUAACUGCUUGUGUUAAGUCUAGGGAUUUUUGUCUCACAGGGCAGGUUCAUUGCCAAGUAUUCGUCGUUGGGUUUUUAUCUAAUAUAGUUCUUUCUAGUUCGAUUGUUGAUGCAUAUGCAAAAUGUGGGAAGAUGAGUGAUGCUAGGAGGUUGUUUGAUGCGAUGAGAGUAAAAGACGUUCUUGCCUGGACCACCUUGGUUUCAGGCUAUUCAAAGUGUGGCGAUGUGGUGUCAGCUAGGGAGCUUUUUGAAGCAAUGCCUGAGAAGAAUCCUGUUUCUUGGACAGCUUUGGUUGCUGGUUAUUCCCAUAGUGGCAUGAACAUUCAGGCCAUUGAGUUAUUUGCGAAAAUGAUGAAGCUGCAGGUCCAACCUGAUCAGUUUACAUUUAGUAGUUGCCUAUCUGCGUGUGCAGGUAUAGCAUCACUUAAGCACGGUACGCAAAUACAUGCAAUUCUGGUGAAUGCUGGUGUUAGACCUAAUACAAUCGUUUUGAGUUCUCUCAUUGAUAUGUAUUCAAAAUGUGGAAGUUUGGACGUUGCGAGGAGGGUAUUUGGUACGGCAUAUAACAAGCAUGAUGUAGUAUUAUGGAAUACUAUGUUGUCUGCAUUAGCACAACAUGGUAUGGGUGAAGAGGCAAUUGAAAUGUUUUUUAAGAUGAUGAAGUUUGGAGUGAAACCGAACCGAAUCACUUUUGUUGUCCUUCUUAAUGCUUGUAGUCAUUCAGGGCUAGUGCAAGAGGGCCUUUCCUUUUUCGAGACAAUGACCUCUAAUUAUGAUGUUCUUCCCGAUCAAGAACAUUAUGCAUGCAUAAUUGACCUCUUGGGUAGAGCAGGACGUUUUAGUGAAGUGCUAGUUCAGAUAAAGAAGAUGCCUUGUGAACCUGAUGAUCAUAUUUGGAAUGCCUUAAUUGGUGUUUGUAGGAUUCAUGGAAAUGUGGAGUUGGGUAGAAUGGCUGCAGAACUGCUAAUAGAGCUGGACCCACAGUCUCCUGCCGCAUAUUUGCUGUUGUCAAGUACUUAUGGUGUACUUGGGAUGUGGGAAAAUGUAGAGAAAGUGAGACAGCUUAUGAAUGAGAGACAUGUCAGAAAAGAGCAGGCAGUUAGUUGGUUAGAGAUUGAACAUAAAUUGCUUCCAUAUUUUGGUUGCAACAAGUCGAAUAGUCUAGAGAAAGAUGGACACACUAUUUUGCAACUGCUAGCUGAUCAGAGAAACGAUGAUGAUCUAUUACAUGAUAGUGAAAGGUAACCUUUGCUGUGAAUUACAUGGCCCACCCUUUCAACCGGCGCAAACCAGGAAAUAAGCCACUCAUAUGUACCCUUUUGGCUGUCGUGGGAUUCUUCACAAUUAUCACCUCUGAUUUGUUUGGGGACUUAAAUGACUGGUUGAAGUUAGUUCCUAUGCCGACAGCGUUAAGAGAAAAGCUGCUGGUUUGGCCAUUGGUGAUGUUUUUGGCCUGCUGCCUGGGAAAGAUUGUUGAGGACUUGAGGUGGGCUUUCCCUAGUAAGAUGCCUGCCUGGAAGCAACAGCGACGUAAAGUCUAGAAAUAGAAGCGCUAUUAGUUUCUUAAGUUGUCAUGAUUGAGAACAUUUAUCGGUUGUGCACGCCAGGGGUUUAAACCGGGCGGGUCCUCAGUAAUAGCUAUAUUCAGGGCCUGCUGGAUAGUAUUUUGUUGUAUUGAAAGAUCAAUCCAAAAGUUCUCUGGAUUUUAUUUAUUGCCAUCUCCAAUCAUACCUAAAAUUUUGCUGGGUUUUGAUA